AUGACAGAUCAGUAUUUUUAUAUAACUUGGUCUGCUAAUCGCACCGCAAAAUUAUUUAAUCGUGAAGAAUCUUAUGUUCUUUCAACUGCUUUAAUUAUUAUCUUGGUAAGUGGAAUAACAUUAAAUUCUGCUCUCGUCAUCAAGUUAUUUCGAAGGAAGAAAAAAACUCCUACUGACAUUCAAGUUAUUAACUUGGCAACCGCAGAUUUCUGCUUCUUAGCAAUCAGUGGUGGACAAAUGCUUGGAGUAGUAUGGCCAACAAGAGUAAAGCCAAUUUUUACGUCCAAUUCAUUUCAAUGUCGCUUAGUCUAUGGCUUAAUGAUAUUAUUUGCUUUAGAAGAUGUCUUAACAAUGACAACGAUGGCAGUAACGCGCUUUAUUGCUAUCCGAUAUCCGAAUGCUGGUAAAAAAUGGUUGGAUAUGAAAUCAAUUGUGGUGAGCAUAAUUAUAACAUGGGUUUUAUCUUGCGCUAUGAGUUUCCCACCAAUCAUUGGAUUUUGGAGUAAAUUAACAUACUAUAUUCCGCCGGGAACAUGCUUACUUAAUUUUAAAUUUCAUCAGCCAUCAAAGUUGGUUUAUCUAUUGCUCCUUAGUUCAUUAUUUUAUGCAAUUCCUAUCAUUAUUAUUGGAUAUUGCUAUGUUCAGAUCAUUAAUGUAGUCCGCCGUAGUCAUCGUCGUGUGCUGGAUUUUCGAUCGGAACGAGCAUUAUCCUCUAAAACGGAUCGUCCUAUUCGUAAAAAUCUAAAACAGGAGAUUUCACUUAGUAUAACAUUAUUCGGUGUUUUCUUUACCUUUCUCUUAGCCUAUACGCCGUACAUUUUAGUCCAUUUUCUGGAAAUGAUUAAUUCUAUGCUCAUUACUGCUAAAAUUAAAUAUUGCUUGAAAUCGACAACCUUUAUUACUUGCAUUGUUAAUCCUAUCUUAUUUUUAUCUAAAAAUAUUAAACGUAACUAUUAUCAAAGAUGUUGUUGGAGUAUUAUGCACUUAAAUGAUAGAAGCGUGAUAUCGGAUGAUAAGCGAUCUCCGAUACCUGCUAGCCCAUCUAAAGUGUUUUAA